AUGCAAAAGUCUUUCGCAUCUAUUGCUUUGCUCUUGAUUGCCUUUUUGAUUUCUGUUACUCAAAUAGCAGCUGCUUCUGUCGAAAUUCAAGAUGACAAAGCGGAGGUCAGGGAAGCAGGUUUCCCUGUCUAUGAUAUGUAUAGGUCCAUGUAUGAUCAGUAUUACAGUCGCUGGGUCGCUCAUGCCAUGAUGAUGGAUAGAGAAGCUGAACCUGCUCAAUUUCCCCCUUUCCCUCCAUUCCCACCUCCACCUACUUUCCCUCCUUUCCCUCCUCCACCUACCUUCCCUCCAUUUCCUCCAUUUCCUCCUCACUCUUAA